CUAUAAAAAGAGACGCUUGGGGAGAGGCUUGGGUCCACUUCCAUUCUUCCACUUCCUUCUCUAAAAAAAAUACUUUUACUGAGUCUCAGUCUCACAUUAGAAAUGGAUUCCAUCGAUUUCGACAGCGUGAAAGCAGAGAAAGCCAAUGCGCUGCGUCGUUUCCAGAGCAUUGGUUUCCUCUUCCGCAUAGCUGAGAUCUGCGCUGCUCUUCUCUUCGUCUGUUGGAUAUUCACUUCCCUCCCUUUCGCCGUUCGAAUCUCCGGCGAGUUCCUCCGCCGUCUCUCCUCCGUCGUUUCCACUCCUCUCUUCAUGUUCGUCCUCACAAACUCCAUCGUCGUCGCCCUUCUCACCACCAAAUCCACCGUCUUCUCCGGCGGAGCAGAGGCGGAUAUCUACCGUGCGUUCAGCAGAUCCGGAGAGAGUCGCGUCAGUUCUUCCGACGGAGAUCUGACGGGAGAGACAGUCUUCUUGGACGACAAAGAGAUGAUCGGCGCGGAAACCGAUUUAAAUUCAAAUUCGAAUCCGACGGUGGCGCGUGGUGAUCACGUGACGACCGAACCGGAGAAGGACUCGAUUACUGUUACUGGUUUAACGAAUGAUCCUCCUCCGACGACGACGAAGGUCUAUAAAAGAAGCAAAACGGAAAUCUCUGCGAAACAGAGUCCGGAGACGGUGACGAAACCUACGCUCCGGCGAUCGGAGACGGAGAAGUGCCGUGAAACCGUUGAGUCGUGCGAAGAAGUGCCGUUUCCGGAGGAUAAUCUAACAAACGAAGAGUUUCAGAAAACGAUCGAAGCAUUCAUCGCGAAACAGUUGAUAUUCCGUCGCCGAGAAUCUCUCGCCGUCGUUAUCCAUAAUUAAAUUAAAUAUAAAUAAGUAUAUCCCGACAUAACUAUCUAUGUUGUAUGUUCGAGUUCGAACCAACAAAGCAAGCACAGUUUUGUAAUAGAACGACAAUGAAGAACGAUCGUAUCGAUCUCAUUUUGUUUGUGCUCCUUUCGUUGUUGGAUCAAACACGUAUGAUUUGUUUCUGUAAUGUUCGGAUCAAAUUUGUUGAACGAUUCAGGAUUAAUAUGAACAGUGCUUUAUCUG